AUGUCGACCUCGCUGACGGACGUGCGCGGUGGUCGCGUGGUAGCGGCGACGGGGGCAGAUGCCGCGUCCUCCAGGGAGCGGCGUCGUUCCUUGCAAGACGUUGACGGCGAGAUACGUAAGAAGACCAUGCCGACGGCCAUCAUCCAGAAGCCGAACUCCUGCAACGAGCAAGCGAGCUACAACUUACUGCGGCGAACCAACGCCACAACGUCCCUGCUCCGGUCGGUACAGCGCAGUCCCAGCAAGACCUGUCUUCUGACAAACUCCACCGUGCUCCUGGUAGCCGCCAUCGCGGUCACACUUUUGAUCGGCGUGGUUUCUUGGAAAAAGGGACGCAAGCUCCCCCCGCGGGCCGAUGCUCGUGGUCCGCCGCGAGUCAAGCUUUGCCGCGACGAGGCUUGCGGCCGCAUCGGGGCGCUGCUCAAGGACGCCCUGGACGACAGAGUGCAACCCUGCGACGACUUCCACGCGUAUGUGUGCGGCUCCUGGUCGCACACACACCCAGGCAAGAGCGUUGCAGAAGUACUUGCUUCGGCAUUCCUCAGUCGUGUCACUCGACACGCUAGAAAGAAUGCCCACAUUCCACUGAAGCAUGCAGCCGGCAACCAGACGGCAGUUCAGAAGGCUGCAAAGCACUUGGUCGCGUGCGACAACAUCGUCGCCGUUUCGGACGACCAGUCUACAGACGUCAAGCGGGUUCUGGCUGAAGGGGGCAUUGCCUGGAGGUCUGAUAUGAAGAAUGGUUCCCCGACGGACGUCUUGAAGGCCAUGUUCUACAUGUCACAAGUGGUUAAGAUUCCCGUGUUACUGGAUGCGUCAGUGGAACCCAGCUUGGACCGGCGGGUGGUAAUUCGGAGACCAGACAACACGCAAGUAUUACUUGGAGAAAUGAAGAGCCGGUUAAAUGACAUGGCCUCCGAAAAAUACGACGACUAUGUUCGUGCCGUUUACGACAGUUUUUCGGGAGGCGAAAAUUCGUCGGGGUUCGAAGUACAGAACAUAGUCCGCCUAGAGUUUGCAUUGGUGUCCUCCCUGGGCUUUUCUGCUGGUGGUAGCAAGGAAUACAAAGACAGUGCCUGGUUCACUAGCACAUCUUCGGUGCACAAAAUUUCUCGAGCCAUCCCAAAAGACCGCUGGCUGAAGGCGUUCGAAGUUUUCUUGAGCAUACCAGAGGGACGCAACACCCCCGUCGUUGUGCACACCGGUUCUUACUUCCAGAUACUGUUUGCCCUUUACGAGAAGCUUGGGGAGGCCGAUUUCAAUGAGCUCUAUGCUUGGCUGUGCAUACAAGCGCUCGUACCUUUCACUAGCAGACGCAUCGUAUUGGCGCAACACAUGCCUGCUCCCAACACCGUUCUGCAAAGACACAGGUGGCAGUGCUUCAAGAACGCCGAGCGGGUCUUCCAUUAUGCUCUGGUAUACCCUUACUUAGCCGACAUCGUCUCCGAAACGGUCAGGGACGACGUGGCCGCGCUAAUGCGGCGGAUCAGCCGGUCGUUCGGCAAGGUCGUUCUAAGAGCGCGUCCACUGUCGCCGAACAGUAAAUGCACUCUCAACAGCGACGAGAUUUUGACGGGUGUGCACACGGAGAUGUUCAGUCGCGCCAGGCCUGACUACUUCGAAGGCUAUUACGCAGACUUUCCCGACAUGACGCCCAUCGCCGUGACGAACUGGAUGCGAACUGCGGAAUUUAGCCCCCUCUCCGUCACGAGCGGCGACACACCGGGAAGCGUCGGAGACGCCGCGUACGUCAACUAUAGCCGCGCCUGGAGUAGACCUCUGGAAGCGAGUUACCUCGACGCCCCGUGGUACUCGCUGAGGGCGCCCCGCGCUGUCAAGUUUGCCGGGCUAGGUUCCCGCCUUGUCUCGAGGCUAAUAUCCGAGCUGGUACCGAAGAGGCGCGCUUGUGACAAGGCGUUCCUCGCGGAAGUUGAAGGCACAAUUGACUGCCUCGCAACCGUGCAUGAAAGUCACAUUCGAAAUUUCAGCGCAAUCAUUGACGAUGUUCGUGCUGCAGUGCUGUCCUGGACUGUGCUCUGGAAGGCCCUCGAAACGCACGUGGGGUCAAGGGCUAACGCUACCGCGCUCGAACAUUUUCCUCGUCUGUCCGAGCCAGCGCUGUUCUUCGUCCUGGGAUGCCUGUUAACGUGUGUGGCACAUACGCACUCCGAAGAAUUGGCAAACAAUGACGACCCAUUCCGUGGCACAUAG